UUAGAAAUUGUAAAAUAAAAACAUUUGAGGAAAAAAAUCUACCAUGUCUAUACUACAAUUACUACAUUUUUGUAUCUUCAAAUGAAGGUAUUGUUUUGCGUUAAAUGUAUGUAUAUAUUAAGUACAUCUCGGAUUCUGCGCAGUCAAUGUGACAUGAACACUCCCAAAACUUCAUCGCAUUACGUAGUCAUGGCUCCAGAGGAGACAGAGAGAAGACAAACAGGUGGCUUGUAUAAAGCAGGAGAUCCGCUCGACUUUAAUGCUGUGGUAUAUAACGUGUUUAUUCUGAUAGAGACAGAACCGAUCAUGUUCAAGCUCGCAGCGAUCACUGGACCGAGAAACCCCUGAAGUGUGAACGCCUUGCAUCGGAUUGUGUCCGAAAGAGCGACUUGAUCUCGGGGCACGAGUGCACAUUGUAGGAGUAUGAUUUUCAGGACGAGAGAUCGUUUAUUCCCUGCAUGAUGUCCUUUACAGAGCACUGCGGCUUCAAACAUGGCGGAGUUGGACGGUGGGGAACUCUGUGCGACUCGUUCACACAGCAGCAUGGCUAACAAUAAGAACAGCACCAUUCGCUGCACUUUCUCAGCCCCUAGUCACAGUAGCUCGCUCCUGAGGGGUCUUUCUGCUCUGCGAGACAACGGACAGUUACUGGACGUCGAACUUGCCGUCAACGACGAAUGCUUCCAGGUGCACAAGGCUGUGCUGGCAUCCUGCAGUGACUACUUCAGAGCCAUGUUCACUGGUGGGAUGAAAGAGUCGAACCAGGCCACGAUUGAGCUUAAGGGCUUGUCCGCACGUGGCCUAAAGCACAUCAUCGAUUUCGCUUAUAGCUCUGAGGUCACGCUCGACCUCGACUGCAUCCAGGAUGUGCUUGGGGCAGCCGUUUUCCUUCAGAUGGUGCCUGUUGUGGAGCUCUGCGAAGAGUUCCUGAAAUCAGCCAUGAGCGUGGAGACUUGUUUGAACAUCGGUCAGAUGGCUGCUGCCUUCAGCUUGUCCUCGCUGAAAGAAUCGGUAGACGCCUUCACCUUCCGCCACUUCCUGCAGAUUGCUGAGGAGGACGAUUUCCUGCAUAUCCCAAUGGAGCGGCUGGUGUUUUUCCUCCAGAGCAACAAGCUAAAGGGGUGUACCGAGAUCGAUUUGUUUCACGCAGCUAUCCGUUGGCUUCGGCACGAUUCCUCUCGGCGUCCUGCAGCAAACGAGGUGCUGAGACACGUCCGCUUCCCGCUGAUGCGCUCCUCCGAGCUGGUGGACCGCGUGCAGACCGUGGACAUCAUGGUGGAGGAUGUGUUGUGCAGGCAGUACCUUCUUGAGGCGUUUAAUUAUCAGAUACUGCCUUUCCGCCAGCACGAGAUGCAGUCCCCUCGUACCGUCAUUCGAUCGGACGUCGUCUCGCUGAUUGCUUUCGGUGGCACGCCAUACACGGACAAUGACCGCACAGUGAGCGCAAAGGUGUACUGCCUGGCUGAUGGCACAUCCAGGCAGUUCAAGGAGCUGACCGACAUGGAGGCAGGCUGCAGCCACACCUGUGUUUCUGUCCUAGAUAAUUUUGUUUACGUGGUCGGAGGCCAGCACCUGCAGUACCGCAGCGGUGAAGGUGCCGUGGACGCCAGUUUCCGAUACGAUCCCCAUCUCAACCAGUGGUUGCGCAUCCGGCCGAUGCAAGAGAGCCGCAUUCAAUUUCAGCUCAACGUGCUGCAGGGACAGCUGUAUGCCACUGGGGGGCGCAACAGAUCCGGUAGCCUUUCAUCCGUAGAGCGUUACUGUCCCAAAAAAAACGAAUGGACGUACGCGGAGUCUCUAAAGAGAAGGAUAUGGGGUCACGCAGGAGCAACAUGCGGAGAUAAGCUUUACGUCUCGGGAGGAUAUGGCGUUUCCGUGGAGGAUAAGAAGUCUCUUCAUUGCUAUGAUCCAGAAACAGACCAGUGGGAUUUUAAAUCCCCAAUGAACGAGCCACGAGUGCUGCAUGCCAUGAUCAGCGUGAACGAGCGCGUCUAUGCUCUUGGAGGAAGAAUGGACCACGUGGACCGUUGCUUCGACGUCCUAGCUGUAGAAUAUUACGUCCCGGAGACGGAUCAGUGGACGAUGGUUAGUCCAAUGCGCGCAGGCCAGUCUGAGGCAGGAUGUUGCUUAUUGGACAGAAAGAUUUACAUUGUCGGAGGAUACAACUGGCAUCUAAAUAACGUUACAAGCAUCGUCCAAGUCUACAACACAGAAAGGGACGAGUGGGAGAGGGAUCUGCACUUUCCGGAAUCCUUCGCUGGGAUUGCUUGUACACCUAUAAUUCUGCCACAAACCCCCACACAGAGGUGACCUGCUUAACUGGAAAAUGUGAAGUGACAUCUUGUGAAGGGUUUUUUUUUUUCUUUAGUUGGUUUUACAUUAAAACCUGUGUUUCUUCAAAUCUUUGGUCAUGUUUAGCGGUCCAGUGAUAUAAACCUUUUUUUUUUUUUUUUUGAGAGAAGCUGGUCACAGGUUUAUAGUUUUAUUUCUGCUGAUGUACAUGUCAUUACUUCACAUUUGCACAAUUCAUCAGCCUAAAGCCACUACAUGUAUUAGUUCUCUUUAUAUGUACAGUCUCGGAUCGGAUAGACAAACCGGGUGGUACAUUUUACAAACAAGAAAGAUCUAAACAAAACCGGACCCCUUCAGAACAUGUAGUACAUUCAUGAGGUUCUAGAACGUUCUGAACCAUUCUGAUGCUAUAAUUCUGACUUGCUACUUCAUUUUUUGCACUACAUGAUCAUGAGUCGUCUCUGCACCAAAUUAAAUAAGACUAAGGGAAUGUUUGUUCAUGAAGCGUGGUGAUCCAGCGUACCAUCCAGGGUGUAUUAUCACCUUAUGCCUGAUGCACUAUGACUCUUUGAUUAAGAUGAACAAAUUAAUGAUAUUCAUUUCUCUCUCUCUUUUGUUUUUUUUUAAUUAGUACUAAUAUUAUUAGAUUUAAGAGCACUGUAAUGGUUGAAUUGGGUAUUAUAUAUAUUUUUUCUUUACGUUUUGAUGACAAGAUGAAGAUGAACCAAUAGUUUCUUGAAAGUAAAUGAAUCAAUUAAGAAUCGAACAGUUCUUAUACACUGAUACAGCAAGCAGUUUUAUAAUAUAAAGACUAAUUACGAAUGUGUGUGAAAUAGAAUAGGCAGUGUUCAGCUCUGUCUUGCAGCUUGAACGUUCAAGUAUUUCUUCAUGCUUUGGGGGGAGAAUUUUCCUUUUUUUUUUUCUUCUUUUCUGUUUGAAGUACACUGUUGCCUUAAGGCUCGCAAAACAUCAGAGUUGCUUUAUGACACUUUACACCAUGCAGCUUCUUCUAAAGGCCUUUUUAAUGAAGGGAAUUGGUGAAGGAUUUCUCUAGACACUUCUAUAUUUAAAAAAAAAUUGAAUUCAAACACACUUUUUUUUUUUUUUUAAAUAAUUCAUCUGAGUUUCUGAGUAUACGCCUCAAUUUUUCAUUAGCACUUCUGGCAAAGUGUGUGUGGGAGAAAUGUUAACAUGUCUCUACAUGCAAAAUGUGCAUUUAAAUUUCCCUGUAUAAUUAACAUGGAUGGUUUAUCUUUAAUAUCUAAAUCUACUAAGCACAAUACGACUCGUGUUCAUUUGAUGACUUUUGCAUUUGUCCUUGAACAACCUCCAGCUCUUAGGUGCGAUUACAUAAUUACCUGUUUGUCCUUCAAGGCCAUUUGUAAUCUCAGAAAGCACACCAGGUUGCGUUUCGUAAUGCACUUAAUACCGAUGAACUGUAUAGAGCACUUUGCUACGUCCAAGCACCACGACUGGAUUUGCGUUCUUUCACUGCGAUCCUAACAGAGACGCUAAUGGAUUAACAGUGUUUCGUUGUAGAGUUAGUGCCGAGUGUAAUGAACUAUAAAAACACACAAACACACUGCUCUUGUUUAAAAAAAAAAAAGUGAUGAGGCUGAAUAGGCGUAGUGUUUCUCUUUGUAUUUGAAUGUAUGAUAAAUCACUACAGUCUAAAGCACUGCGGCAACAACCGCUGACUGCUGCCGUGAAGUAAUUUUUGGUUCGUUUUUUGUUGCGUAUCGAAUAAAGCACAUGAUCAAAUUUGUACAAAACACAGUGGUCAAUGAUUGCGUUUUAUUUCAACGACUACAAACUAUUAGCUCAGGAUGGUUCUAGGGCACAAGCUAACAGUUACACACACAAAAUGUCUGCAGGCAAUCCUCGUACACAGAUUCUUUCUUAUCGCAGAGGAAACGUGUGAAGUGAAUUUUAUACAGUGUAAUGUGUGAGGAUUUUAUCCAACUUUUCAAUUUCCUCUCUGCUAGUAUGUUGUUGCACUAGUAUUAUUUUGGGUUAUUUAUCACAGGGACAUACUACUCAUAUUCUUUGAAUGCACAAUACCAGAAAGAAGCAGCAUGUUUUAUGCUCUUGGUAUGAUUCUAACAUUGCUGUCGAAUUUAAAUUCAAUGCUUUGGGUAUUUAUAUCAUUACUUCUAAGUGAAUUGGUUGGAUUAACGUAUGAAUUCGGCCCUCUGAAUGUACACUGCAAUGUUACACCCUCUUUGUUGUACCACGGAUACAAGAGAAAAGACUCUUGUUGAAAAGUUCAACCCAAAUCCCAAAAAUUUUCCCCCUCAUACCUGCAUUUUCUGUUCUUCUCCUGGAUCAAUGAAAUCCAUCUGGUUGUCAGUGGAAACGAUGAUUUGUCUGUUUAUGCACAAUAUGUUGUACUGUAUAUUGUGUUGUGUUUAUGUACUAAUUGUUUUAUUUUGAAAAGGUCACUUUAUUAGGAGCACAUGUACGCUUGCCCGUAACGUAGUGGCAGCGCAACGCGUACAAUGAUUGCACGUGUGUGGUGUUAUGUGGGUGUUUGUCCAAGACAGAUUUUUCUUAAGGGAUCAGGCAUAAAGGCUAAUCUAAUCUAAUCCAAACACAUUUAAGGCCAAGAGCUUCAGACUUCUAAAAUAGGGGGAAACAAAUCUGCUGUCAUGAUUAUGAGUUUGACAUGUCGUGCAAGAUGCUUUUCGUGCUUGUUCAGAGUGGUGAUUUGAGUAAACACUUUGAUUUCCCUCAUUAACCAAUAACCGUGUCAUGAAAGUCACUGCACUCGCAAUUUUAUUCUCAACCUGAUGUUUGACGUGAACGUGUGUCCGCCUGACUGUUCUGCAUUAUUCUGCACCCAUGUGAUUGGCUGAUUUGGAUAAUGUGAGCGUGCAAGUGUAUAUAUGUUCCUAGUAAAUUGGUCGCCAUGAUGUAUUCAAUGCUUCGUGUCCCCUAUCAAUGUUUUCAUUUGCAGUGAAAGACUCCACUAUGCUCGUGCAACAACAUUUGCUGAACGUAUCGCCUUCUGUAUCUGUAGCACUUUUUCCUGUCUCUUGUUCGAGUUUGAUUGUAAGCUCAGCUGUGCUUUUGUUCUAUUUUAAAGUGUCUUUUAUCAAUGAAAUUGUUUGUUUAAUAAAGCAGGAAAUGGA